AUGAAGUUUUCUGCUGCUCUUGCCAUUGGUGCUGCUGCCCAGGCGGUCAACGCCCACUACUUCUUCGACACCAACAUCGUUGGCGGUGCUGUCCAGCCGGCUUUCAAAUACGUUCGCCAGUCGACCCGUGCUACCAAGUACAACCCGAUCAAGUUCUCGUCCAACCCGGCGGCUGAUAUCCGCGAUGGAUCGACCGCAGAUGGCCCUGAUAUCGUCUGCAACCAGGGUGCCUUCUCCUCUGCCGGCAAGACUGAAGUCUUGACCGUCAACGCUGGCGACGAAGUCAAGCUCCAGUUGGCUGUUGGUGCCAAGUUCCAGCACCCCGGCCCCGGUCUUGUCUACAUGUCCAAGGCUCCCACUGGAAGCGUAAAGGCAUACGAUGGAUCUGGCGACUGGUUCAAGAUCUUCGAGGAGGGCGUCUGCGACGGUGGCGACUUCACCUCCACCGCUUGGUGCGAUUACAACAGGAACUACAUCGCCGCAAAGAUCCCUAAGGAUACUCCCAACGGUGAAUACCUCCUCCGCGCUGAGCACAUUGGUGUUCACCGUUCCCACGUCAACCAGCCUGAGCACUACGUCUCGUGCAUGCAGAUCAAGGUUCAGGGCGGCGGCAACGGUACUCCUGGUCCCAUGGUCAAGUUCCCUGGAGCAUACAAGGCCACCGACCCCUACGCCAACUUCAGCAUCUACAACGGCCGCAAGGCUUUCCCCAUGCCCGGCCCUGCUGUCUGGACUGGUGGAGCCGGCAGCGGCGCCUCUGCUCCCCAGGCUACCUCUCCUGUCGAGCAAGCCGCCUCCUCCGCACCUGCUGCUGCCAAGCCCACCACUAUGUCGACCGUUCGCGUUCCUGCUGCCCAGCCUACCCAGGCCGCGCCCGCUACCGGUGGCGCUGGCUGCGCUGCUCUCUACGGACAGUGCGGUGGAAACGGCUUCACUGGAGCCAAGUGCUGCUCAGCCGGUUCCUGCAAGGUCGCCAACCCGUGGUACUCCCAGUGCCUCAACUAA